AUGCCUAAUGAAAUGCACCAAUUCGACUUACUCUACAUGCCACACGAGAAAGUGUAUGGAAACACGUACAAGUAUAUACUUACAGGCAUCGACGUGGCUUCGAGGUAUAAGGUAGCGAGACCCUUGAGAACGAAAAAAGCUAGUGAAGUCGCUGACAUGCUCACUGAUAUUUACAAAGCCGGACCCCUCAAAUAUCCGAGUAUAUUCCAGUGUGACAACGGCAGUGAGUUCAAGUCGGACGUGAGUAAGCUGCUAGAGACCAAGGGUGUCGAGAUAAAACGUGCAACCAACAAAUACCACCAUACUUUCACGGCGUUCGUGGAGUCCUAUAACAAGGCGCUCGCCGAGAGGCUCUUCAAACCCCAAGAUGCGCAAGAGUUGGUCAUUGAUGAACAGAGUAGUACAUGGGUUAAACGUUUGUGUACUAUCGUCAAGGGGUUGAACAACACCAAGACCGCGAUGACCGACAUGAAACCUUCAAAAGCCAUCAAGCUGUAUUAA